GCGCCAUUUUUUUUAUUCGUAUGUGUAUUUUAAUAUUAGUUUCAUAUAUAAUUGAAUUUAUGAUUCGUCAAAUAUUUUUUAUAUUAAACGAUGAGCUUAUAAAUUCUAUCCAAACUUAUGAAUUCUAACAUAAAUCGUCUAAAAUAUGCUUGAUAUAUUUAUUCUAAUAUUUUUUAAAUUAUUUUAGGAAGUAAAUUAGAAUACAGUGAGAUUGUACACGUAAAGCACUUAAGUAUCAAGAGAAUCCGCAUCAUCAUAAAUGUAAAACAAAAAAUCUCUCCGUCUUUUCUCUAUAGCAUCUUUCAGAUAUCCGUGCAGCUGUUUGGGAAUAUAUACAAUUGUAUUUGUUACUCGCGAUAAAAAAUUGCAAACUUCUCCACUACGAGUGUAAUAAAUGGAUUUUGUUUACAUGGCAAAUAUGAAAGUAUGCGAAAGUCGCGCGUAAGCAAGAAAAGGGGUAGGACCGGUAAAAAAGUAUCCCAGCGGUGGGUCAUCGGAUUCAAACGGCCAGGUGUACAUUCAUUUCUCUGCAGGUCGCAUGUGCAACAGCAUCCGAGUGUGUGAGGUCCAUAUUUGAGAGUUGAACACGUUAGAUUCGCGCGUCCUGAUAUCCGCACGGUAUAAAUACAACGAAGAACAAUGAGCAAAGGGUCGAUCGUGUUCUCGACUAUAGAUGACGAGGCUGGGGAAAAAUUGGACGAGAUAUUCGGACUGAAGCCCAGUUUCGUGAGGGUGCAACCUAGCCGUUGCUUGUUACCGCCGAAAAUCAUCUUCUACGCGCAGAAGAUACGCGACAUGACGGUGUACGAGGACGACGUCUGGAUGAUCUCGUUUCCUCGAACUGGAAGUCACUGGGCACAGGAAAUGACAUGGUGCAUCGGGCACGAUUUUGAUUACGAGGAAGCCCGCACGAUCAUACUAAAGCGCAGCCCUACGCUCGAAGGUUCAGUUAUCAUGGUCAACGGGAAGUAUGACGAUUGGUUCAAAGAUCUGGGCGACUCCGUCGAAAAUAUAGCGAAGAUGCCGCGGCCGCGGUACAUCAAAACACACCUGCCGUGGGACUUAUUGCCGAAGCAGCUUCACGAGAAAAAGCCAAAGACAAUUUAUAUCACGAGGAAUCCAAAAGACGUCUGUGUCAGUUAUUAUUACUACUGCAGAGUAUUUCACGGUAUGAAUGGAAGCUUCAACGAUUUCGCAGAAUUGAUGCUGCGUGAUAGUGUGCCGUACUCCCCGUUUUGGGAUCACGUUCUGCCCUUCUGGAAAACCAGAAAUCAGGAUAACAAGCUAUUUCUGACGUACGAAGAAAUGAAACAGGAUCAGGUGGCGGCGAUUAAGAAGACAGCGAAAUUUUUAGGCAAAAACGUGACGGACGAGCAGAUAGUCGAGCUAUGCGAACAUCUGAAAUUCUCGAAAAUGGCAGCGAACCCGUCGGUGAACGUACAACUGCUGCUUGAUGAAAAAGAAGAUUCAAAAAAUGACCCAAAUUUCAAGUUCAUCAGGAAGGGCAAGGUCGGCGAUUGGACGAAUCACAUGUCGGAGGAUCUCGCUCGGCGAUUCGACAAAUGGACGGAGGAGCACUUACUUGGAACCGGCUUAAAGUUCGACACGGAUAUUAUGCCCGACGAAGAAUAGGGAGCUUCAUUGCGUGAAACAGAAAAUUUUUAUCUUAGAUUUACAAUCGCAUAAUCAAAUUGCAUCACGAUUGAUUCAUCUCCUGGGGAUUUAAAAACGACGAUAUUAAUUCAAAAUAUAAUCUCGUGGGGAUUUAAAAACGACGAUAUUAAUCCAAAAUAAAAACUAUCGCGAUCAAAGAUUUUUGUUGAUGAUGUAUGCAGACUCAUGUAAAAGCAUGUAAAAUUAGACGAUUUAUAAUUCGCAUGAGAUUUUAGAAUUUUGCUAUCUACUACUUUAUAUUCUGUACGUUAUAAAUUUUGAUAUAUGUGCAGUAUGUAUAAUAAUUUAAUUAAUAUUUUAUAUAGAAUUGUUUUUGUUUUGUUU